GCUGAGCCGGUGGGAUGAGCUUCAGGCUGGGGAUGCUGCAGCCUGGCGCCACCGUGUCCCUGCGGGUCUGUGCCGUCGGCCUACGGCCCGAGGUGCCCAUCCUGUGGCUCUGGGGGCUGCUGGGUGAGCACAAUGCUGAUUAUGUCCAGCUCCGCAGUGUGAUCCAGGUGAUGGUGAAGCAGCACCUGGCAACUGCCUCAGGUCCCAGCAGGCGAGUGGCCAGUGGGGUUGAGCUACAGAUUGGAGACCUGGGCCUGGUGGAGGUGGUUGGACAGUGGUACCGCUGCUGUGUGGUGAGUCGUCAUGGCCAGCAGUACCGUGUGUUCCUGCUUGAUGAGGGCUGCACAGUUGUCACGUCUGCCUGUUACCUGGUGCAGGGCUUCAAGGAGGUUUUCUGCCUGCCCCCAGAGGCACUGGGCUUUAUUGUGGCUGAUGUCCUGCCUGAUGGAGGUUCCAGGGUGGUAGCCUCUGAGAACGUUUUAGUCUCCACCUGGACAGUGGAAGCUAUGGAGUUUCUUAGCUGCCUGCAUGGCAAGGAGGUGUCUGGUCUGGUGCGGGAAGUGGUGAUGCCCCAGCUCAUAGUGCUUCAGCUGCCCCAGCUUGUGAUGCAGAUGCAUCACCUGGGCCUAGCCAGGCAGGUCACUCCCAGUAGGUUCUGCCAGGUUCUCAGAUGCUGCGUAUCUUCUGGCCACAUAAGGAAUCAGUCCAAGCUACAGCCUCUAGCACAUUCCCUUGUAACAUCUGCAGUGACACAGCUUCUUAGCGUUUUGCUCUCAUACCAGCUGGUGACACCUGCCUUGGAUUACUUCUACCCACAGCUUCAGGUGGGUGUGAAAGAGCCCGUUAUAGUGACCCAUGUUUCUGACCCACACCACAUCUACUGUCAGUUGCAGAGCCUGUCCCAGGAGAUUCACCGUCUCUCUAAUGCUAUGUUCCACACUUACAACCAGUGGGAGCUGGAUUUGUUGCCCAAGGUGGGUUCGGCCUGUGCUGCCCGUGGCAUAGAUGGCCAGUGGUACCGUGCACUCCUGCUGGAGCUUAUUUCUGGAGAGCAGGACCAGCAAAUGGCUCUAGUGAUCUUUGUGGACUAUGGCAGAAAGGAGACUGUGACCAGAGCUAACUUGCGUCAUUUGCCUGCUGAGUGUUUUCGCAUGCCUGUGGUGACAUACGCAUGUGCUCUUCAGGGUAUCUCAGAUGGGGGUCAUGGCUGGUCCCCAUCACAAAUUGAUGAGCUGAAAGAAUUGGUGCUAGGCAAAGGAGUAACUGCUGUCAUCAAUGCAUUUAAUUCCUUUGAGCAUCUCUAUUAUGUGAGCUUGUAUGGGGAAAAUGGCAUCAACUUGAACCAUCUUUUUGGGAUGCAGGCAUGCUGCCUAGUGAGCCAAACUGAAGUUGGGGAGCAGCAAGAAGAGUUUGCAGCCAGAGAGUUGGAAUUGCUACCAGAAGUACCUCCUGUUGCUUUAAUUCACAAAGAUUUGGCCUCUCUUCCUGUAGUUGGUGUCCAUCUGAAAUUGGAUGUGUUGUACAAUGUGCAGGUCUCUCACAUCCGAGAUCCAUCUGAGUUCUGGCUGCAGCUCCAUGAGCAUUGCCAGCUCUUCAGGAAGCUGAAGCAGAACAUGUGGAAUUUUUACUCCCAUGCCACAAAGUUGGGUGGUGCUGGGUGGGACCUGCAGCCUGGAUCCCUUUGUUGUGCUAGUGGGAAAGAUGGUGCCUUUUAUAGAGCGAUGAUCACCAGGGUGCUGGAUAGUGGGGUAGAAAUACACCUGGUGGACAGAGGCAAUAUGGAAACUGUAGAUCGGUGUGUGGUGAAGGAGCUGCUGCCUUGCUUCAGGGAACUACCUGCUUUAGCUCUCAAGUGUUGUUUGGCAGGUGUCUCCCCUUUGGGAGGGAGUUGGAGUGAAUCAUCGGUGUCUGCCUUCAGAGAGAUUGUACUGGACAAGGCACUGAAGGCUCAUUUUUUGGACAUGAGGGGUGACAAAUAUACAGUUGAAAUUUUUGACCAGUCCCAAUUAGGGAAGAAAAGUGUAAGUAAACUCAUGACCCAGGGAGGGUAUGCUGAAUACGAGAGGAGUGAAAUACUUGAAAGUCUUCAGAAAUCAUCUGAUGAGGCUGUGAGCCAGGCUUCUGCCCCAGCAUGUGCUAGGGAGGAAUACCAAAUAAAUGCAGAAAAGAAGCUGCCUGAAGAAUCUAAUCUAAACAGAAGUGAUAGAGCACUUAAUCCUCAGGUGGCUGUGAUGGUCAGAGAGAGCCCUGUGGCAGAUGUUCCCAAUUCUAAAAGGAAUGAGUCUGUUGCUGCUCAGCAGUACAAUGGCAAGGAAAAUCUGCCUGUCUCUUUGAGACAGGCUUAUGUGGAAAUGAAGUCCAGCCCCUCUUACAGAGGUCAGUUAGAAGUGGGAAGUACAGUUAAUGUAGUUGUGUCAUAUGUUGAAAGUCCAAGUUACUUUUGGUGUCAGUUAAGUGGAAAUAACCAUGACCUUGAGUUACUAAUGAAGGAAAUUCAGGAGUAUUGCAAAAAUUCAUCCCACCCACCUGGUUGGCCAAAUUCUGUAUGUUUAGCCCAGUACUCAGAGGAUGAAAAGUGGUACAGGGCUUUAAUUACUAGUGAAGUCCCUUCUGCAAAAAAAGUAGAAGUCAUGUAUGUUGACUAUGGCAACAGAGAGCUGGUCUCUCUGACAAACCUUCGCUCAAUUAAUGAACACUUUCUUGGGUUAGAGGCUCAGGCUUUCAGGUGCAGCCUUUACAACAUAAUCCAAGCAAAUGAUCAGGAUCCACUUGCUUGGAGCGCAGAAGCGAUUCAGACUUUUCAGGAGUUUGUUGAUGCAUCUUCCUCUCAUGUUGAAAUGAAAUGUACAAUAUUUGCCUUGGCUUCGAUAAACAAUAAUGAGCUGUUUAACAUCGUAGACUUAAGAACACCUUUUCAGAGUGCUUGCCAGUUUUUGACCGAGAGAGGUGUGGCGAUGCAUUUGUCUCCUCAGAAGUGUCUGAUACCCUCGUUUCAGCUUCAUUCUUACUAUUAUUCUAUGCAUGAUAUCAAAAUUGGGAGUGAGGAAGAUGUUUAUAUUACACAUGUUGAAGAUCCAUGCGUAUUUUACUGCCAACUUGAAAGACAUGCAGAUGUCUUAGUACAGCUUACUGAUGACAUCAGUCGCCUCUGUGAAACAGUGACCAGCUUAAAAACCUUGCAAAAGCAUGGGAGCUUGUGUCUGGCAAAGUAUACUGAUGAUCACUGGUACAGGGCAAUAAUUACAAAAACAAACUCUAAUAUGGAAGUUUUCUUUGUGGAUUUUGGCAAUACAGAGACAGUAGAGAAUGAUCAGCUGCUAUAUUUACCCAGUGAUGCUUUUGAUAUCUUGUUUUUGCCAAUGCAGGCCAUAAAAUGCUCCUUACCUAAUAUAGCUCAUGUUCCCGAAGAAGCUACAAGAUGGUUUAAGCAAGCUGUCUUAGAAAGGCAAUUAAAAGCCAUAGUAGUAGGAAGGGAAUCUGAUGGCAAACUGUUGAUUGAGUUAUUUGAUGGCAGUACUCAGAUUAAUGCAAAACUGAAGGAGGAGUUAAGGUUAAUAAACAACGCAGGAUUGUGUAGGCAUGUAGAAGAUGAAACUUUGUGCUCUAGAAAUAGAGAUGUGAAUGAGAUGAAUGAGCCUGCAAAGUCCCCUUUAAAUGCAAGUAGUUCUGUAGAAAGACAAAAAUGCACAUCUGAAGCCCAAGGAGGAGGUGGCAGUAGCAAAGGUCAUUUCAAAGAUGAUGCAAACGUUUUCCAGUCUGCUAGGAAGGGAGAUCUGGCAGCUGGAUCACUAGAAUCUGAUGAAAUGCUUAGCAGUAAGAAGGAUGCUUUUUUGUUAGAUAAAGUGGGGAAGGAGUCUCUGCAUUCUGUCCAGGUGGAUACACUGUCAGAUAUUAAAUCUGAUGCUGAAGAUGGGUCCAUAAUGCUUAAAAAUGUUUCUGAUCUGCUGCAACAGAAGAUAGUGCCAGCUCUUAAACUGUUAGUGUAUGUGUCUCAUGUAAAUGAUCCACUCGAUUUUUAUGUUCAGCUGGAAAGUGACCAGGAUCAGCUUAACAGCAUUUCAGAAUGCUUAAACAAUAGGACACAAACAUACAAGUCUUGUGGACAGCCUUUUCAAGCAGGAGAUGUAAUCAGUGCUGUUUAUCUGGAAGACAGUCUGUGGUAUCGAGCAGUAGUAAAAGAGAAGACUUCUGACAAUUCAUUAAGUAUACAAUACAUUGAUUAUGGUAAUACUUCAGUAAUUAAUGCUGGUCAAGCGCACAGACUCCCUGAAGAGUUGUCAUCUAUUCCUGCAAUGAGCAUUCACUGCUGCUUAGGUGGACUUAAAUGUAGAAAAAACACAGACUGGGCAGAGAAAGCAGUGCUUUACUUCAUCAGGAGAACAAGUGACAUUCUGCUAACAUGUGAAUUUGUAGAGAAGGUUGAAGAUAAAUGGGAAGUUAUUCUCAGUGAUCAUCAAGGUAUAGUAACAGUGGAUUUAGCUGAUGAAAAUCUUACAAGUAGGGAAAGAACUUGUUCAAGAGAGAGACUUGAUAGAAGAGAGAACAGUGACAUGAUAACUGUGUGUGAGCCUUUGCCUCCUCAGGCACAGAAUGAAAUUUCCUGUGUAAGUGAUUAUAAAACAUUUAUCUGGAAGCUUCCAGCAGUAGGUCAAACUGUAAAAAUUUAUGUCACAAUGGCAGAUGGUCCAGAAUACUUUUGGAGUCAGAGUGCUGAUACAGAAGACAUGAACUACAUAGAGGAAAAAAUACAGGAAGCUGAAAACCUUGGACUAAACUGCUUGAAGGAUUGUGUAUCUUGUAUUGAAAGUGGUGAUGCUUGUCUAGUAAAGUAUAGUGAAGAUGGAAAGUUCUACAGAGCUAAAGUCAUGAGCGUGAAAGGCGACAUUGUAGUUGUUAGACACGUGGAUUAUGGAAGUGAGGAGGCUGUUAGCAUGACAAUGGUCAAACAGAUUCCAUGUGAAUUGCUCAAAGUUCCUUGUCAAGCAUUUACUUGUUGCCUGUCAGGUUUCUGUUCCUCAGAGGGCUCAUGGCUUAGUGAAGCAAAAGAAAAGUUUUAUGAUAUGACCAAAGACCUCUUAUUAGAAGCUGAAGUAAUGGAAACUCGGGAAGAUAAAGCUUCUGAAGUCCCUCUGUCUGUUGUCAAGCUGGAAGCUUCUGGCAAGAGUAUCAAUGAAGAGAUGAAGUCUUUUUGGAAGGCCUAUGGUGGAACUGGUGACAGUGCUUUCUCAAACCUUGAGGACCUCUUAAAGGAAGACAGAUGUUCAAACAAUGAUGUGGAUCUUUGUCUCAAAAGCGAAACUACUGAUACUUGUUCAUUAGUUCAAGAAGAAAGUGAAAGUGCUUUGCUUUGUUCAGAACCUUUCCUGGGUGUGACUUCAGAGUUUUUAAAUACCAUAGAAGCAAAUGCAUCAGUGGGAGCUGUUGCAUAUGUGUCUGGAAAGGCUGAUGAUGGAAGUGGAAUAGCUGAGUAUCAAAGUAACUUUGGUAAAGAGAUGUCUGAAGAAGACAGCAGUAACAACAUGUUAGUAGAACCAAUGAGAGGCUGUAGUCUUCAUAUUUUGGGGAGUGAGAUGAAAGCUGCAGAACAAGAAUUAUCUGGAGUAAUGUUUGAAGAGGCGACAGGCACUGAUUCCGAAACCAGGCUUUUCCUAGGAAACAAACAAGAAGCACAAAGCCUGCCAGUGCUCCAGGUACAGUCUUCAAGUGAUGAAACAGGGACAUUAGUAGAACUGGAAGAAUUACAAAUGUACCCUUCAUAUGAUGAUCUGAAAGAGUUCAUAGUGGAGCUAGAUGCACUUCCAGUACAGUCUUCCUGUGAUGAAGAACCAAAAUCACUUGAAACACCGACACUUCUGGGCAGCAAAGCAAGAGAGGAAGUGUUGGAACAAGAAUCAUUUGAUCUGCAAGUUGUGAGUGAGCAGAUGGGGGAGUUGGAAGCUCUGAAAUUUGAAAUCUUACCAUCACUUAGUGAGAGAGAGAACUCGUUGCCUCCAAUUAGUGAUGGAGAGAAGACAGUAGAGUUGAUUCCAUCUGAUGUUCAGCUUGCUUUGGAAGAAAGGGAAGAGAAACUGGAAUUGAAUUUGUCUGCAAUUCAUGAAGCACAAGAUGAUUGGAUGGAAGUAGAGACUCCUCCUCUAAGGCUGUCUUCAUCUGGUGAUAGUCAUGACAAGAAACUGGACCUGAAGACUCAUGAUGUGCUUGGUGCUGAAAUUGAGCAACUUCUGAAACUGAUGCUACCUGAUAUGCAGCUGUCUCAGGAAGACAGGGAGGAUGAUUCAUUAGGACUGAAACAUGCUGCACUGCAAAGUUCAAAUACUGGAAGUCAGUUUUCAUUUCUUACAAAAGACUUAACCAAUCAGAGGCCUGUUUGCACUGUAAAAUUGGGUGACCACAAAGCUGAGAAAUGUAAGGAAUGGCAGAAUAAGAAAGAGGACUGUAAUGUGGAAGAAUGGAUGAAAGAAGACUUGACUGAGUCAUUUCAAGAAUGUGGAAAUACACCUGUGCAGUCUUCAGACUGUAAGCCUGGGGAUGAAGUGGAAAAAAGGCAACAUGAGAACUUGACUGACUGCAAUGCAGAACACAGUGAGUACACUUGUAACCUGAAGGGCUUUUCUGUUGGUUCUGAAUGUGUGGUGUGGACCUCUCUGAAUUGGUGCAAGGCACGCAUUUUGGGCGUAUCUGAAGAAGGUACCAGGGUAAGUAUGGUUUGAACA